GUCAAUCAGGAUCUCUCAGGUGUUUCAGUGGUACUAAGCACCCAUGUCAGCCAGCUGAUCGGGAGCGAUUUGUCACAGCUAUGAUGUUGGGAGAGAAUGUUCACAUAAUGGGAAGGGAGCACGACGCAGGGCUAUGGCGUGCCUUAGAUUCCACAACGGCUAUGCAAGCUGACAGUUGAAAGUGUGCUGGGCACUUGUCAGAACUUAACUAUAGCAGACCUGUGGGAAGGCCGGAUCAUUGUGCCAUGGACCAUGGAGAACUUUAUACAGUGAUGUGUCCCAUGGGAGAGAGAUCACGGGGAUCUUAUCCAGCAGAGCUGAAAAAAACACUACUUUUGUCUGGGGAGAAAUAACCUGUUGUAUUUUGGAACUGCUCUUUGUCAUUAUGAGAUGUCGUCCUUAACCGCUUCGUUUGUCCAAAUAAAGUUUAUCGACCUGCAGUUUUUUGAAAGCUGUGGAGGGGGAAGCUUUGGCAGCGUAUACAGAGCAAAAUGGUUGCCACAAGAAAAAGAAGUGGCGGUGAAGAAACUUCUGAAAAUAGAAAAGGAGGCAGAAAUCCUUAGCAUGCUUAGUCACAGAAACAUCAUCCAGUUUUAUGGAGCUGUACUUGAACCGCCUAACUACUGUAUAGUUACAGAAUAUGCUGCUUGUGGAUCACUGUAUGACUACAUUAAUAGCAGUAGGAGUGAAGACAUGGACAUGGAACAUAUCAUGGCCUGGUCCACAGAUGUAGCAAAAGGCAUGCACUACUUACACAUGGAGGCCCCAAUCCGUGUAAUACAUCGAGAUCUCAAGUCUAGAAAUGUUGUUAUAACUAUGGAUGGAAUAUUAAAGAUAUGUGAUUUUGGUGCCUCGAGGUUCCAUUCCCAUACAACGCAUAUGUCCCUUGUAGGGACUUUUCCAUGGAUGGCUCCAGAGGUUAUUCAAAGUCUUCCUGUGUCUGAGACAUGUGAUACUUACUCAUAUGGGGUGGUUUUGUGGGAAAUGCUAACAAGGGAGGUUCCGUUUAAAGGACUUGAAGGAUUGCAAGUGGCUUGGCUCGUGGUAGAAAAAAACGAGAGGUUGACCAUUCCAAGCUCAUGUCCAAGAAGUUUUGCAGAACUCAUGCGUCAGUGCUGGGAAGCUGAUGCAAAGAAUAGACCAUCAUUCAAACAAAUCAUAGCAAACUUGGAGUCCAUGUCAAAUGACAGCAAGCUGCCAGACCAGUGCAAUUCAUUUUUACAUAACAAAGCAGAAUGGAGAUGUGAAAUUGAAGAAACACUGGAGAGGCUGAAAAAGCUUGAGCGAGACUUGAGCUUUAAGGAGCAAGAACUGAAAGAACGGGAGAAGCACUUAAAAAUGUGGGAGCAAAAGCUCACAGAACAGUCGCACACACCGAUGCACUGGCAUGCUGGGAUUGACAUGGACAACUGGUUGCUGCUGCCCUCAUUCGAUGUAUGCUCAUGGACAGAAGAAGACGUGUUUUUCUGGGUGCAACAGUUAGUGAAGACAGAUGAUAACUCUGCAUUGCAGAGUAUGUAUGCCAACCUGUUCAAGGAAAAUCACAUUACAGGAAAGAGACUGCUCCUUCUGGAGGAAAGUGACCUCAAAGAUAUGGGCAUCGUCUCCAAAGGACAUAUUAUUCAUCUGAAGACUGCAAUUGAAAAAUUAACUCAUGAUUAUCUGAAUCUUUUUCAUUUCCCACCACUAACUAAAGAUCUCGCUAUAGAGAAUGAAGAGGAAGAAAAGAUUGUGAACUUAGAACUUGUGUUUGGAUACCAUUUGAAAUCUGCUAACAGCCCAGAGGACUGCAAAUGGAAAAUGUACAUUGAGUUAGAUGGAGAUGAAAUUGCUAUAACGUACAUAAAGGACGUGACAUUCAGCAGACGUCAGGCAGAAUCCGAGGUGCUGAGGAUGACUAAACCGCCAUUUGUAAUGGAGAAAUGGAUUGUUGGGAUAGCUGAAGAUGAGUCAGUGGAGUGCACUGUGACCUAUGAGAGUGAUGUCAGAACUCCUAAAUUUACCAAACACAUUCAUAAAAUUCAUUGGAACAAGAUGAAAAAGCAGGACGCAGUGAAGUCGGUCCAACUAGCAAUAAAGGCGCCACUGCUGAACUCCGAGAGCAAGCCCAGCAAUGAUUCUAGUGUUGAUGGGCAGUGGAUCUACAUGUUAAGAAUGCGUCAGAUGGCGAUGGACAGGUCUCCUCAGCAUCCACCUGGCUUACCUCGUUCCCAGUCCUCUAGCCUUAAUAAUCUGUCACAGAUUUUACCAUACCUUCACAACCAGGAAUCCUACGCCGCUGCUGUCAGACGAGUGAGAGUGAUUUCCACGUUACAAGUUACUCCUAUCACUUACUCACGCAGUUCAUCACCAACCCAAAUUGGACUGACUACAAAUUUGUCCUCCCUGUCUCUCCAUGGUUCUAAAGGCAGCAGUGCUUCCAGUACAGCCUCAGAUAGUCCCUCUGAGAGAGAGAGGGCACGGUAUAGGGCAAAGAGAAACUAUUUUCACCAAAACUCUGCUCAUAGCUCACCCACACAAAGAAGUGGAGGAAAGAGUCCCCAAGCAAGCAAUGGGAAAUAUUACACAUCCUACACAGUAGCCCAAAAUCAAGCAAGGACUUCUGAUUACAAGCCUCACAGAAAGGGCCAAAAUCAGACUCGACACAUACCAGGGAUGCCUGUGCCAACCACAGAAGAGGUUAAUGGAGAAGAAAGCAAGGUUAAUAAUGAUGGAGGGUGGAUAAAAGUAGAACAUUCCAAAAAACAUAAGCAACCUAUACCAAUCAAGUCAAAAAAAGAUAGACCCAAAGCAUCUAAUCGUAGUCGUCAAUAACAUCAGUUUACACUAUUAUUUAUUUUUAAAAAAUGCUAGUAUUUUAUCUAAUUUAAUUGGAUUUUUUUAAACAUCAAUAGCACCAUGGCAAUUUAUAUAUAUUUAUAUUUUUGCAUACACAUUACUAAGUGCAAAUUGCAAAUAAAAGAAUAUCUCCUUUCAUA